CCGAUGGGUAUUUGCAACGCCCCUGCGACUUUUCAGCGGGCCAUGAACAUGGCUUUUCAGAAUUUCGUACGGAAGACUCGUCUGAUGCAGAGCAUCAUCAACUACUGCGUGAUUGUGUACAUGGAUGACAUCCUGGUGUAUUCGAGUUCCUACGAGGGACACGUGCAACACAUCGAAUGGGCACUGCAUGGGUUACGAGAUGCAGGUUUCAAGGUGGCGCUUGAGAAGUGUCAGUUUUUCCUUACCACCAUUUCCUUCCUGGGGCACAUGGUGACAGACAAGGGACUCCAACCGGAGCCGCAGAAGGUGGCAGCAGUCAGUGACGCGCCGGUGCCUACGACUAUCACGCAAGUUUGCGCCUUUCUAGGCCUAGCCUCGUAUUACCGCAGAUUUAUCAAGGUCUUCGCGACGAUUGCGGGACCCCUCACAAAUCUGUUGCGCAAGGAUCAGUCGUUGAUCUGGACGUCGGAGUGCGAUCAAGCGUUUUCCAAACUCAAGGCUGCUCUCAUUUCGGCUCCGGUCCUUAUAAGACCGGAUCCCGAAAAACCUUUUGUUCUCAUCACCGACUGGCAGCCAGAGGCGAUUUCGGCGAUCCUUGCCCAGGUGGGACCAAGCGGACUCGAGAGUGUGGUGGAGUAUGCAUCCAAAUCAGUGCCCGCCUGCAAGCACAACUACGCCGCUCCAACGGGUGAAUGCUAUGCGGCCCUCUGGGGAAUCAGCCACUUUCGUGCUUACCUGUACAACCGAAAAUUCACCCUGGUGACUGAUCAUGAGCCCCUGUUGGCUCUGAAGAAGUCGAAGGAUUACUCGGGCAUGAUCGAGCGAUGGGCAACGGUGUUGCAGAGCAUGGACUUUGACAUCCGCCAUCGGAAGCACGAGAGACACGGGAAUGCGGACGGACUGACACGCCUGCACCGACCUGAGAAAGUUCCGAAGAAUGAGGAGGUAAUUCCGUGGAACGAACCCGAACAGGAGACCGGACCUCGGUACGGCCAGGUGGAGAUCUUAUCAAAGCAUUCAUCGGCGAGCAGGUCCCAAGACGAGCCACAUCACCACGGUGGCGACAUUCACCGGCGACAUCAGCUCGGUCAAUCUGUUGUGGCAUACGCAAUCUUGGCCUCGUUGCGCGAGUGGAUGGAGCAAGUGUCCAACGUGUGGCAGCACGUCCUCGCCCGACAGGGGUAUAACAUCAUCCCGAUCUUUGCAUCGGACCUUGACGUCCCUCUUAUCAAUCCUGGACAUUGGCGACUGUGGCGCGAAACUUUUGAGGAGCUGUCCUUCUGCUUGGCCAGAGUACAGGUGACGUGGACGGGCACUAGCGAGCAUCCCACAUGGAUCGAGAAUCCGAAGCUGCUGAUCAUACAGACUUGGAGGACCAACGCGGAAGGAGAUCUUCUUGGCUUUCUCUUCGGAUCGGUACGGUCGGGACGACGCCACCUGAUUGCGCAAGAGCUUAUCGCACCGAUUGUACAAUUGGCGGACGAUCUCUCGCGCGACAUCUAUUUUCAGAGUGACGACAAUCCUGCUCCGUACAUUUUCGAGCGAUCAUUGGAUCCGUACCUUCAGUGGACUGCGUGCUUGGAGGAACCUAGGGACGAGGAUACGCUACCAUCGCGGCAGGAGUAUCUGAAGCCAUACGAGAUCAUCCCUCACGCCUUCUAUCCGAUGGCAGAGGAAAUGGUGAUCGACGGCGAAGACGAAGAAGAAGACGACGACGACGAAAAAACAUCGGAGGAGGGAAGCUAUAGUGAACAUAGCGAGGGCGAGCUGAGUGAGAAGGGAGAGGAAGAAGAAGGGACCAGGUCCGAGUGGGAAGCCUUGCUGGAGGAAGCAACGUGCACGGGAACGGAGGCGGAAGAUCCGGAAGCGGCGCGAAAGCGUGAAGAAAUUGCCACCAGGAAGCGCCAGCUGGAGUUCGCCAGCGAAGCUAGCCUGCGCAUCAGUAGCGAUCCAACCAGGGAUCCAGAGCUGCCAAAGCCCAAAGAUGGCGACCCUGCAGCCGCCACCUCAAGUAUCGCGCGACGGAGACGGAGCCGAUCCUCCUCCUCCUCCAGCCCCACCCGUCCCCCAAUUCGCCCACGUACCGAUGCGGGCGAUAGGCCUUCGUCCUCGGACGUUGUCCCGCCGACCCCUUGAUUUCCUCACCCUCGAGCAGACCCGUACCCCAGUCACCUUCCCUUCCCAUCCCUUCCAUCCCCAUCUCUUCCGCGACUUCUAUUCUACCCGUC